GUCCAUCAUAGUUUCCAGACAUGGACAGUUUGUCAGACGUAAUCUUGUGUUGUCGCGAGCUCUCAAGUGAAAAGGUCACGGAAAGAAAAAGGAGUGUAGAGAAGCUGAAAAAUUUGCUUAAUAAAAAGUCUGUGGUAAGCAGUUUGGAUAUAAAUUCACAACAGAGAAUGGGAGACAGGAACAUUCUCACAUGGGAUGGCAUCAUUAGGGAGGCUUAUCAUUAUGUUAACAUGGAAACCCAGUUAUUGCAGAAAGGGAAAGAACCACAGUCAGCAACAGCCAAGGCCAACAAGGAGAAAAGGAAGCAAGAGAUAGGGGGGUUCUUCAAGUUUGUAGUAAAACAGGCAGAAAAAAGGGGACCAAAAUUAAAGGCAUCUCAGUUAAUAAAGCAGAUACAAGAAGUACUGAGGGAUGAAUUUAUGCUUUCUGCAUAUGGUUUGGACUACAGCAAUAUACUGUUGAAGAAUAUUUUGACAGUCAGAAAGUAUUGCGCAGAAAUCACAGAGAAGACUUGGCAUGAAUUGAUUACUAUGUACUGUAAGUUGUUUGGGGACCCGGAGUGUGGAUUGGAUAAAAUCUUGUUAUCCAGGAUCAUCCGGUCAUUGAUUUCUGCUGCUAUUUUGCGGUGUGAACUCCGACCUAAGAAAUUCCUCUCAUUCUUCACAGUGGUUUUCAAGGACAUCAGAAAAGAAAAGAGAGUUGCUGUGGUAGAACAUCUAAUUAGUGCAGCCAACACCUUUGUAUGCUCAAUUGCACAGAAUUCCAGGGCACAAGUGUGCAAAUUUGGGGAAAGCAUCUGUAUCAACAUGCUCUACCUAUGGGAAAAUAGGCCUUCAAAUAUAUUAAAGGAGGAAAUCUUGGUGUUCCUAAGGACACAGGUGGCAGCUCACCACCCAGGUGGUGCCAGAAAAGAUGAGUGUGGCUCCUUUGCUUAUGACUGGGAUGAUUGGCAGAGCGUGUUGAGGAAUCUAUAUGAACUCUUCGAUACAGACAUGAAGCAGCAGAACACUCGCAGCAGAUUCUUUGUUAGUUCAAGGGAGACGAGUCUAGCUGAAAACUAUAUCGAACUUAUUGUGGACAUAUUCAAUCAGCUUUUCCUGGAGAAUGUGAACUCUAUAGAUGUCACACAGAUCUCUACCCAGCAAGGUCCAGGAACUAAAAAGAGGCGCUUAAACUCAGGGUGGUGCUACAUGUUGGACUUCUUGUCAGACAGAGAACAACACAGCCAGACAAUUCCCUGGAUUCAACUGAUCACUCGGUUUCUACAAAAGUAUCCCCAAAAUUUUCCAAAGAUGCAGGUUCUCCCAUAUUUGGAGGCAAUUGCAGCCCAGUUAGGAAAUUUUAAAAAGGUAGAGGUGAUACAUCACUUGAUGCUCUGUGCCAAGUCCUUCAUCAGUAAUUGGAAUAUGUUUUCUGGGGAGUCAGAAAAUAAAGAAAUUUUAAAGAAAAUAAGUUCAGCCGCACUAAGGUGUGUGAGUGUUCAUCAAGCAGAUGACAGUGCUUACCAGCUACUGACAAGUAUGGCAGAACAGGGACUGGAUAUUGAGAAAGACAUGUGGAACCUCUUCAUUCCAAGUGUGACUCGGCCGAGCACGAGAGCAGUGCAGUUUCUGAUAACAUAUAUGACCAGAAACAAAAUCCCUGAACACUUCAAAAAUCACCUGUCUUCUUUUUUAGCUCAGACAUCAGAGAGUGAUGACAAAAAUCACCCUUUGAGAAAACAGUUGUUCAGAUGGCUAUUUCCAGGAAGAAGUCAGUAUAGGACUAUUUCAGCAGAUAUUGUGGAUGAAAAUAAGGCAGAUCCAAGGGAUAUUGGGCAUCUGGUUGCUUUACUACUUUUUAAAAAUCAAAGUGAUGUGCCAAAUUAUUGUUACAUGGAACCAGACUAUGGUGAUGCUUUCUAUACAAGUCUUGAAAAAAUGUAUUUGCAGUCAUCAAACAAAUUUGAAAUUGAGAAUUUCAAAGAUAAAACAGAAUCUGUUGAUUCUUGUUUUGAAUGCAAUUUUCUGCAUGAUCUUUUUGAUCAUAUUUUGAACCUUUUGAAAGAUGAAGCAACGGCUUUGAGUGAUAUGAUUGAUUGUGAUUUGAAACAUUUAGAAUCCCUAAGUUGGUACAUCUGUGCAAUAGCCAGUAUUGUUCAGUGGUUAGUGAAGUACAGUGCUGUACAAAAAGAUGUGGUGGAGAAGUCAGAAUUGACUAACUGUAUCAAAGUAAUGCUCAGAAUGUUUGGGAAAAAUGUAAAAAUUUUAACUUCAUCUCAAAAUAUUUCAUUAUCUUUGAAAAUUCUUAGAAAUUUUCAGAAAACUUUGAUGUUAGAGAAUGAAGUGAAGUCAAGGGAGGAGUGUUUUGUAGCAUUGGAAUUGAGAUCUUUGGUACCAGCAUGUAUCAUUGAAGAUUUCAAAAGUGUUCUUGUAGAAAAGAGAAAACCAUCAGAAGGUGACCAGACUAGGAGAGCUGAUGUGUCGCGUGUCAUUGAGGGAGCUGAUGAUUUUGAUGAUUUUGACGUUGAAAUGGAGACACCGAAUGAGGAAAAGGGUGAUGAUUUUAUGGAAGAUGACUUUGCUGAAUCCCAGGAAUCUGAUGUAACAGGAAGUGAUGGAACAGAUAUGAAAUCUAUUCUGGAUGACAGUCAGCUAACUGACACACAACAAUUGCACAUUGAAUUGACCAGAACAUUGUGCUUCUGGUGUGCCUUCGACAGUCCAGAAAACAGAGGAGAAGCAGGAUUAUUGAAGGAUGUGCAGAAGCUGUCAUCAAUUAAAUCAGAACUCAUCAAAAUUAUGGAAUCAGUGGAUGCCUACAAGUCUUUUGACUUAUUGCAAAUCAGACUGAUUAUCAGAAUGUUAACUUCACCAUCACAUCAUGUCUCUGAGGAAAAUAUUCUUUCCAUGAUUACAGUUACAAGAUUUCUGGCAAAGGCUCAGAGGCAGGAUCAGGAAGUGUGCUGUUUGUGUUUGGAGAUGCUGUGUAAUCUCAUACCAUUCCUACAGUCUGACAAGGAUAGGGUUAGUCCAUCUAUCAAAGAGAGUCGAGAUGCUGCCCUCACCCUCAUGUCUGCUUUUCUGAAUUUGCCCUCUGAAAAGUGCACAGAGAAGGUUAGACUUGGAAUGGCAAAAUGCAUCGUCCAGCUUAUAAAAGCAGAUCAAAAUCAAAAUUGGGCAAAAAUUUCUUUGAAAAGAGAUGAAGGUUAUGAAGAUGUUCCUGUUUCUGAAGAAUUUAUUAAAUAUUUAGGAGACCUUAGCCAUGCUGUAAGGAUGUACUGUGCAAAAGCUCUGCAGGGACUUUUCAUGUGUAAUGGUAUACCUUGUGAAAGACUGGCCCAAGAUCACCAUUUUGAUACUAUAUACAGUGAAAUAAUGGAGUUGCUAAAUCUACAGGAUAACUUGUCUCCUGAGAGAGCUAUGGAUGAGAGAAACAACAGAGUGGGCUCUGCCCUGACAAGUCUAGCUUACAUAGCAUGUACCAGUCCAGUCUGUGAAAAGAAGGCACUGUUUGCUUUCUGUCAGUUGACUAAGGCCAGAGAUGUAGAGACAGAAAAAAUCAAACUGAUUUUGCAAAAACUCGCUGAAAUCCAAGGUUAUGAAAAUUGUUGCAGUUACAUUCAGACUUAUCUACCUUAUUUGAUUCAUCAGUGGCUAUGUCUACAGUAUAAUGUGGAUGACUUUCCAUUCCAAAUGGUCAACUGUGCUUCAAAGAAAGACUUUUACAGAGAACACUUUGAGAUUCUCAUCACUGAACUCCUUAUGUUUAAAGAUAUUGACAAUGCAAAGAAAGUUGCUACUUCCAUAGGGAGUGACUGGCUAGAGGUUCUUAAACUCUGCAUACCCAGAAUUGUGGUGUUCAUUCUGCCUCAGUUUGCAGCCUCUCAGAGUGGAGAGACCUCUAAUGAACAUGUGAAAAAGAGGACUGCUCAUGCCACAGCUUGUUAUAAUCUGCUGACUGAACAAGCUACAAAAGAAUUGGUCGAUAAGUGUAUUGGUAGCAAUUUGGAUGUCAUUGUUGUCAACAUUUUGCUGUGUCUUUAUGACCUUGAAGAAGAUGAAUUUAUGAAAACUGCUGUUAUCAGGAACCUGGAUCCAGAGCCAAAUCCUCCAUGUUACAAAAUGUACCAGAUCCAGUCUACUCUGGACUACCUGACCAGUAAUUUGUCUGGGAAAAAAUCUCUUGUAGAAGUACUGUCAAAGACACAGGACUCCUUGCAAAAGAUCCUAGAGGAGCUGUCACUAAGACUGUUUAUGGACCAUAGAUUACAUGAGAAGCGACGGAUCCUGCUCAUGUAUUGCCUCAUAUGCAGAUUGCUGCUACAGGACUUUGAUGGUGGACUUGGAGGUUGCUUUGUCUACAUAUUCAGAGAAAUUCUCUAUCGUUUAGUUUAUCUGCUACAAGACAUGAGGAAACAGGAAGGCAUAAAGAAUGAAGAUGGAUAUGCCAACAGCAUAAGCUGCAUGGCAUUAGAUCUCGUGUAUGAUGUACUUAAAAGGUCCACCUCUGUUGCUGCUCAGGAAGUUGAGAAGUAUUUGAAAUUUGUCAUCAAUAAUUUGGUUCCACUCACAACAUUGUCAUCUCUCCUUUGUGAAAAGGUGAAAAAUGUGUUCAAGAUGUUGAUCAUUGACAACAAGAAGACCCUGAUGGCAGGAAUAGCUUCACUUGAUCCUUUUCCAGACAGGGAGGAAUUCAAUCCAUUCACUGCUGUGUAUAAUGAAGUCAAACUCAUCAAGGGACCUAGGACUUUAAGACAGAUUAUUGAGGAUUACCUUUUGGAGGAUAAGAAAAUGCUUUUAGGAGAGCACUCUCAGGAAGGCCUUAAUUUUUUAUCAAAGGAGAUAGCCUCAAAUAUGGAAGAGUUUGUAGAGUUGAUAGAAUCUGAACAAGGCAAAUCAAGGAACAUAUUGUCUUGUCUUCUAAUGAAACUGGUGAAAGACAGUAAAUUAUUGAAGGAUAAAGAGAAUUUGAGGGAGCUGACCCACUGUCUGGGUGUAAUAGGUCCUGUUGAUCUUAUGAUACUAGCACUACCUACUUCUGAUGUGGAAGAGACAGGAGAGAUGAAUAAUCUUUUGCAGAUUGUGGAACUUUUAGACCAGCAUCUUACUGACAAGGAUAUGAAGACAGUUCAAGCAACAUCACAGGUCCUGAAAAAAAUAUUCAGCAGGAAAGCAGGAAUUGAUCUUGCAGACAAGAUGAAAACUUCAAACAAAGUAGAACUAGUCCAAAAUCUGCAACCAUUUCUUCCAAAGAAAAAGGCUAAAGCCUUGUGUGAGGAGCUACCAGAAUUGAAUUACAAUGAGUCUCUAGGUGCCAUAAACCAGGACGAACUUUGGUGGGAAACUGCAGUAUCUCACAAAGUCUGGGUUAUUAGAUUGACCUCUGCUAUUUUGACCAGUGGUGCUGUCAACAAUAGUCUGUUGUGUUGCCUGAAGCCCAUUUGUCUUCUGAGAAGCGAAGUCUGUGAAUUUCUUUUACCAAUACUGGUACAUGAUGUUUUAAGUCUGGACAAUGCUGCUCACAAAGAAAUUCUCUCCCAACAAAUCUCUAAAUUCUUCCUACAGCAUUGUCGUCUGUCAUCAACAAAAUUACAAGGACGGCAAGAAAGUCCCAGUAUUUGUCAGAACAAGGAUUCUGUCAGAACAAUGCUUAGAGUUGUACAUUACCUCAGACAACAACCUAGAAAUCAACAGGGGAGAAAUCCACUGACAGUGUGGGAUAAUAACUACUGGUUGGAUGUCAAUUAUCUCCACAUAGCCAAGGCUGCUUUGUCCUCCUCUGCACAUUUCUCUGCAGUUUUUUAUGCAGAGAUUUGGUGCAACUGCCAGAGGAUAAAACAGGAAGAGACAUUGAAGAAAUCCUCUUCAUUAAGUGAGGCUGUAAGCCAGAGUUUUACACAAGAUUCCCAGGUCGAUUCUCUGAGUUCCAUUUCUGGUGAGGUGACCUUGAAUGUACAGGACAUACUCCUGGAGGCCUACAGACAGAUUGGGGAUCCAGAUGGGGUAUAUGGGUGUGGGGCAGGGCGUCUUGCAGAUCCAGUGUCUAGAAUAAGGAUGUAUGAACAUGAGGGUCAGUGGGAGAAGGCUGUCAUCACAUAUGACAUAGGGCUCCAGCAACACAGUGAACAAGAAGUGGACUUACUUAAGGCUCUUGACAGCUUUGGAUCGAAAAACUUGUUGGACAGCUACCUAGAAAAUUAUUCAAAUAUAAAGUCUGAUGCAAUAAGAAAUCUAAUCUUCAAGUCUGCAAUCAAAGUCGGAAAGUGGGAUCUAAACAUAGAUGAAAGCAAUGAAUGUAGUUUUGAUGAAGCAGUGCACAGAUCCUUGUGUUCACUAAAACACUCCCAGUUCUCUCUUGUUUCCUCUGCUCUGGAUAUGGCAAGGAAAAAUGCGGUUGACAGAUUACAAGAUGCCAGCAUGGAGAGCUGUCGAUGUCUGUAUCCCAUUCUUUCUGAUCUGCAAUGUAUCUACCAGAUUGAUCAGACUGUCAGAGCACUUACAGGGCAAGAAUCCAAACCACUUGAAGAUGUGCUGAAAAACUGGGCGCAAGAGAGGGUGUCAUUUAAUGAGUUUGAUUACAUAGAACCUAUCCACAUCACUAGACUCUCUGUACUUCAGGUGCUACCCAUCCAAACAGAUGCAGUGCAAGCAUGCAUGCAGAAGGAAUUACUAUAUCUAACAAGACUUGCAAUACAGAAUAGGAGACAUCUGGUUGCUGAAGGAGUUGUAAGUAAACUGAAAUCUUGUGAAGCUUCAGAUUUCCAUAUGCAAGUUGAUAAACUAACUGAAGAAGCAAAACUUUUCUGGUCCAGAGGAGAACAAAACAUUGCCAAACACUUAACAAAGAAGUUGUUGAAGAUGUUAGAGCAAUUGCAAGAAAGCAACUUGGAAGCAGCAAAGCUGUACCCUAGAGUCCUUAGUAUGUAUGGAAACUGGGCAGCAGAAACUAACUUAGAAGAUCCUAACACCAUUAUGGAAGAGUAUCUUGAAAAGACAGUGAGUUUGUUAGAGAGUUUGGAGGAGAAAGGGGAUACAAUUCUUGAUGCGUAUCUCUCUCUUGCACGGUUUGCUGAUGGUCAGUAUCAACACAUUGUGAACUACAUGAAGUCUAGCACAUUUGAAGCCAAGCAGAACUUGAUGAUAAAGGCCAAAAAGGAAAUAACAAGGAUGCAACAGCUGGGAAUGGAAGAACUUGAGAAAGAUCGAUAUUAUAAAACCCUAAGUAAACAAAGUGAGAUAGAUCAGUCAGAACUGAAUGCUAUGGAGGAGGACAGAUCGAGGUGCCUUAAACAGUCUGUCCAGAACUAUAUCAAAUGUCUGAAGUAUGGUGACAAGCAUGACAUCCGCAUAUUCCGUCUGGUAUCAUUAUGGUUCAGUAAUCCCACUUCUGCUGACAUUAGUGGUUUAAUUAUGAUAAAUAUGGACAGUAUUAAAUCCUACAAGUUUCUGAGUCUGAUGUACCAGCUGUGUGCUAGAAUGGACACUAAUCCACCUACUGAUCAGUCCCCCUCUCUGCAGAAGACACUGCAAAAGAUUAUUCAUCGCACAGCUGUGGAUCAUCCCCAUCAUACCUUGUUUUGUAUUUUUGCUUUAGUCAAUGCCAAAAGAGAUUCAGAACUUCUGAGGAGGAACACAGGCAGCAAAAGCAGGCUGUCUAGAAAUAGUCAGGCCAGUGACGGUGAAAAUCAGGGAAGAAUAGAGGCUGCCAAGAAAUUGAUUAGCCAGCUUAAAUCUGACAAACAUGUUGGUGGAAUUGUAAAAAACAUGGAAAUCCUUUGUGAUGCUUUCAUCCAAUUGGCCAACUUUAAUGUGUCACAAUACUGUCGUGAGACUAAACCAAUAACUUUGGAUAAAAGACUUUGGAUCACACAGAUUAAAGAAAUGGAUAAUGUGGCUGUGCCAACGGAUGAAAUACCUAUUGACCCAACAGGAGAUUAUAAAUCAGUAGUUACCCUAAAGGGAUUCGAACCCACAUUCAAGUUGGCUGGAGGAAUCAACUUACCAAAAAUUCUGACUUGUUUGGGAUCAGAUGGAAGAGGACGUCGACAACUUGUCAAGGGUAGAGAUGAUUUAAGACAGGAUGCUGUUAUGCAGCAGGUGUUUGGUAUGCUUAAUACUCUGCUUCACAAAAACCCAGACACAAGGAAAAGAAAUCUGACAGUGAAGCAGUACAAGGUUAUACCUCUAUCACAGUGUAGUGGAAUUCUGGAGUGGUGUGAGAGAACCCUGCCUAUAGGGAUGUAUUUAAUUGGAGAGAGGGAUGAAUCCAAGGGAGCCCACAGAAGAUUCAGACCACAGGACAUAACAGCCAGAGCCUGUAGGGAUAAGAUGGUCGAAACAGUUCGAGCUUCCCUGAAUGACAAAUUGAAAAAUUUCCUGGAAAUAUGCUCCAGGUUUCAACCAGUAAUGAGAUAUUUCUUCAUGGAAAAGUUUUCACAACCUUCAGUGUGGUUUGAACGCCGACUGGCAUACACUAGAAGUGUAUCCACAACCUCAAUUGUUGGAUAUAUCCUUGGAUUGGGAGACAGACACAUACAAAACAUUCUGAUUGAUACAAACUCUGCUGAGCUGGUACACAUAGAUUUGGGCAUUGCUUUUGAGCAAGGUAGGAUUUUACCAACUCCUGAGACUGUCCCUUUUCGGUUGACCCGGGAUAUCAUAGAUGGAAUGGGUGUUUGUGGAGUAGAAGGAACAUUUAGAAGAUGCUGUGAAAAAACCAUGGAUGUAAUGCACAAUAACCAGGAGGCUUUGUUGACGAUUUUGGAAGUACUACUAUAUGACCCUCUCAACAACUGGACAAUUUCCCCUCAGAAGGCAGCUGCCCUCCAGAGUCGCAGGGACAGAUUGGACACUGAGACAUCAGAACUGAAUGCCACCAAAGGCAGUUUGAUGGAUAUUGAUGUGGUCAAUGCAAGUGUGCAGCAAGAUUCCCAAGAGAGUGUGAAUAAGCUUGCAGAGCGAAUGUUACUGCACCUUCAACAGAAGCUACAGGGAUAUGAGGAAGGAGUUCAGUUUAGUGUAGCAGGACAAGUAAACAACCUUAUCCAGGAGGCUAGAGAUCCCAAGAAUCUCUGUAGACUGUUUCCAGGCUGGCAGCCAUACAUAUGACUUUAUACAAGAAAAUAUUAGAAUAUUUCUUUCUUAGAAAUGUACAUGUUCUACCCAUAGAAUAACUAGGCUGCCAUCUAUUCAUGAAAGACUUUCAGUACCAGUACUACCAUACACUUAAAGACAGCAAUGAUGUUUUGUUUAAAUCCUAAUACUUAUAGAAUGUACAUGUGCAUAUACAUUGAAAUAUUAAAGUGAUAUUUUUUCUCAA